AUGAAUAAUCAAAAGACGAACCAUUUGAUCACCCCCAAACCCAGCGAACCACUGCUCAAGAAAGAUUUCCUACCCACACCGGCAACAAAGACCAACGACAUUCUCGGAUCAUCUGCAAGCACCAGUCAGAACAACUCACCAGGGGCAAUCACCAAUAAAAGCUCGAAAAACGUUAUCAAUCAAAUCGCAUCGAGGAACUUGCAGCUGUCAACUCAGAACUUGGCUAACCCAAUCAAUGCUAAACCUCUGUCUGCAAAAAUCAUGCAAGGCGUUUCGUCUGAUGAGAUUGAUGGGAUGAUCGAAAGAAUUAAAGCCGACAUCGAACCCUUAUUAGAAAAAUGUCAAGAUCAGGACGCAAGAAUCAAUACACUCAAAGAGUCUUUACAUCCACACAUCUUAUCCACAAGGACAGCGGUGUCGCAUCUGAGCCAUCUAGCCUCGAGGGCGAAGAAGACCUCGGAUCUCAUCGACCAACAAUCCAAUGCAUUCAUUCAACUGGCUCAAGAAGAUAUCCAUAGACAGAUCGAGUCGGAUUCAGUGGGCCGCGAAAAAGACUUUAGCGAUACCCAGUCGGAUCUGUUGGGCGGUGAUCAACUCGAAUUAGCUCGCUCAAAACUUUUGAUAGCUAACAGGAAACUUGAGAAGCAUAUCGCACGUCAAAGAUACUAUGAGCGUAAACUGGCAAAACAUCUUUCCAUCAUUCGGCGAAUGAUUCUAAUUCUAUUGACGAUCAAGAUCAUAAUCGAUUUGAGGAUUGCAACCCAAGUGAUUCGAUUUAUGAAUGAGCUAGUUCCGGCCGAAUUCAUGCCUGCGUUCUUCGCUCGUCAUCUCAUUCACAAUCUCCAUCCACCACAUCAUUCACCCGAUUCAACUGCAGAGGUCCAUCCUAACAAUCCAUUCGCUCAUGAACAUCAACAUUACCCCAAGAAACAAAUCUCCGACUUCGUGGCGUACUUCCUUUGGAUCGUCCUGAUCAAGCUCGAGUUUUUCUAAAGGGCUGGACCGGCCAAUCGGCAGUCUCGCUUCGAUCCGUUAUGCACCAUGAGUGUUGGAUCAUUUUCGUCAUCGAAAACCUGUUCGUCAUCUUGGUUGAUUGGCAU